UGCGUAAAGCGACUGCAAGGGAAAGAGCUUGGAAGUAGCUUCAAUGGAAGCGGCCUGAGCUUUUGGCUAUGGUGGUCACCACCCUAUCCACAUUGCUCGUUGGUCCACUGGCAUCCGCAGCAAAUCCUCCUGGCUCCUAGCACAAAAUAAUACGACGGACAGGAGGCAGCUGGCUGACGGCCCUGUCGGUGUGUUCGUGUCCACGAUAUGUCCACAAGGCUACACCAAUCAAAGGUAGCCACAGUCGUGUCUUACACGUUUUCUGGGACAGCGAAUUCUCAGAUUGGUGACGGAUUUGUGAAUGUGGAGCAUGUGCAUGUAGCGCUUGUUGUAUGAUACACGGCUUUGCAGCCUUCGGCUCAAAGUCGAAUUUGGAACACAAUGGGGACCUCGUUACUCGUAUGCAGCACUGGUUUCCGACCUAAAUUUCAGCAAUUCAGCACUGUUAAAAAUUGCGAGUCGCCGAGACUUGUUGUAAACCCUCGUCUGGCAAACCUAUCAAGUUGGAAGCCAAUUGGCUUGUCAAGCAGUCUGGUUUUGCAAAAGAGAAGUUCUUUAGCAAACGUGCCACGUUAUAGAGAUUUUUCCAAGGCUUCUCCUCUUGCUCGAGGGAAAGGUCGCUUUCAGUUCCGAUGCACAGCAGAAGCUGGAGGGAGUUUACAAUCGGCUUUGAAGUUUACUAAAACCAUACAGACAGACUCACUGCCUCCUGCUGUACGAGACAACACAAUGAAAGCGAUUGAUGACCUUGGGGGUAGAGUCACCAACGGUGAUGUUGCUUCACGAGCUGGUCUGAAAGUGACCCAAGCAGAAAGUGCACUUCAGGCUCUAGCAGCCGAUUCUGAUGGGUUCUUGGAGGUUUCAGAUGAAGGAGAUGUUCUUUACGUUUUUCCAAAGGACUAUCGAACAAGACUAGCCUCAAAAUCUUUAAGGCUCAAAGUAGAGCCUGUGCUGAACAAGAUCCAGGCUGCCGGCGGUUACUUAAUCAGAGUGUCGUUUGGCACGGCCUUGUUAUCAUCUAUAGUCAUAGUUUACAGCACCAUCCUCGUUCUCCUCUCGUCCGGAAGAAGCGAAGAAGACAACCGAGGGAACCGGGGGGGCUUUGGAAAUCAAAGAAUGAACUCCGGAAUGUCAUUCUACAUCAGCCCUGCUGAUUUAUUCUGGUUUUGGGACCCGUAUUACAAUCGGAGGCCAAGGACAAAAGCGAAGGGUGGAAUGAACUUUUUUGAAUCGGUAUUCUCUUUUGUUUUCGGAGAUGGCGACCCCAAUGAGGGUUUGGAGGAACGUAGAUGGAAAGUGAUUGGAGAUCUUAUAUCUAGCAAGGGAGGUGUUGUUACAGCUGAAGAGCUGGCCCCUUAUCUUGAGGUGCCACCCGUAACAGAGGAGAGCAAGAAGGAUGAGGCUUUCGUUUUACCCGUGCUGCUUCGAUUUGAUGGUUAUCCCGAGGUGGAUGCAAAGGGAAACAUUCUCUAUCGUUUUCCGUCUUUGCAACGCACAGCCAAUGACUGGAUUGGACAGAGGAAAGAAAAUUCCGAAGAUACUUUUUACCUAGCAGAACGCCGUUGGAACUUCAGUAAAGCAAAUAAGAUGGAGCAAGCGCUUGUAAUUGGCCUGGGUGCUGUCAACCUCGUGGGCGUUGUCAUUUUGGGCAGUAUGUUGCGGGAUUUAAAUAUUGUGGGGCAAUUGAAUGGAACUGGUCUUAUUCCAUUUGCAAGCAAACUUCUGCCAUGGUUACAGGGAUACACAGCAGCUUUUUUUGCCAUACCAGCCUUUCGGUGGCUUCUGCUCCAAAAACGGAACACUGAAAUUGAGGACAGGAACCGUGCACGUAUAGGGUGGGCUGUGGCACUUCAACGAGCGAACAAAGCUUUGCAGGAGAAGCUUUCAAGUGCACGGGACUUGGCCCAGCGAACUUUUAUAGGGAGUGACCGCAUCAUAUAUUCAACAGAGAAGGACUUUUCAGAACAAAGUUUUGAGGCGCGUGAGUGGGAUAAGCAGUUGAAGGAGAGGCAAACAGGAAAAGGUUAAGUCUUCCAUGUUUAUGAAAGGCUUGGCCCGGUAUAAUGUGUAAAAUUGAUUUACCAUCUUGUUGAUGAUUGUAUUAUACAACAAAGAGGCUUCACAUGAGAACUACAGAUGUAUAUUCAGGGUACUCCUUGCGUGAUGAACACCAAGUGUGCUGGAUGAUAGAUAAGUUGUAACGGGUCAGAUUCAACCCGGAUUGUCGUCCGUGUCUUUGGUGGAUGAUACUUUUCUUGGGACAGCACAUGCAGAUAAAAUCUUACAAUGCACAUGUUUUGUGCACUCUUCUUCA